AUGGUGCUAACAGACACUCUUAUUAAGGACGAAUUAGUAAAUGAAUUAUUGAAACGAAGUAGAAAGAAAGCGAAGGCUGUAAAGAAAAAAAUCAUUAAGGAGAAAAAAGAUGCCGAGAGUUCUGAGGAAUCAGAAGGCGAAGUUCCUUAUGCUGAAAGUAAUGCUAGUAACAAUUUGGAAGGCGAAGAAAUGGAAAUGGAUUAUUCAUCAGUUUCAGUUGACGAUUAUGUUUCGUGUUGCUGA